UGAUCCCGGUGAUCCGCAGGGUUCCCGGGAUGUGGCACGAGGCGCGGAAGCACGAGCGGAAGCUGCGGGGGAUGAUGGUGGAUUACAAGAAACGCGCCGAGCGCCGCCGCGAGUACUACGAGAAAAUCAAGAAGGACCCGGCGCAGUUCCUGCAGGUGCACGGCCGCGCCUGCAAAGUGCACCUGGACUCUGCCGUGGCCCUGGCAGCCGAGAGCCCCGUCAACAUGAUGCCCUGGCAGGGGGACACCAACAACAUGAUCGACAGGUUCGACGUGCGAGCUCACCUGGAUUUCAUCCCCAUGUACACCCCGGCCCUGCUCAGCCCCACCUCACCGGAGCAGGAGUCGGACGAGCGCAAAUGUAACUACGAGCGGUACCGGGGCCUGGUGCAGAACGACUUCGCUGGCAUCUCGGAGGAGCAGUGCCUGUACCAGAUCUACAUCGAUGAGCUCUACGGCGGCCUGCAGAAACCCAACGAGGAUGAGAAGAAAAAGCUGGCGGAAAAAAAGGCUUCCAUAGGCUACACCUACGAGGACAGCACCGUGGAGGAGCUGGAAAACUCCCUGGAAAAGCGAGCGGGGGACGAGGAGGACUCCGAGGAAGAUUCCAACACGGACGAGGACGAAGUGAUCCCGGAUAUCGAUGUGGAAGUGGACGUGGAUGAGCUGAACCAGGAGCAAGUGGCCGACCUGAACAAGCAGGCCACGACCUACGGCAUGGCCGAGGGGGAUUUCGUCAGGAUGCUGAGGAAGGACAAGGAAGAGGCCGAAGCCAUCAAGAACGCCAAAGCCUUGGAGGAGGAGAAGGCCAUGUACUCGGGCCGCCGCUCCCGCCGGCAGCGCCGGGAAUUCCGGGAGAAGCGGCUGAAGGGCCGGAAAAUCAGCCCCCCCAGCUACGCCCGCCGGGACAGCCCCACCUACGACCCCUACAAACGCUCCCCGUCGGAAUCCAGCUCGGAAUCGCGCUCCCGAUCCCGGACCCCUUCCCCCGGCCACGAGGAGAAGAUCACCUUCAUCACCAGCUUCGGCGGCAGCGACGAGGAGGCGGCCGCCGCUUCCGACGCCGCCGCCGCUCCCGGGAAAAGCCGCAAUUCCCGGGAACGGCAGCGCCAGGCGCAGCCGGGAGCCUCGGCGCCCGCUCAUAGAGCCUCGUCCCGGAGCCGCUCUCCGUCGCGGGAGCGCUGCCGGCGCUCGGCGCGUUCGUGGCGCCGCUGGAGCAGCCGGAGCCGCAGCCGGAGCAGCCGGAGCAGCGGCCGGAGCCGGAGCAGCCCCCGGAGCCUCUCCCCGUGCUCGUCCCGCUCCCCCAGCCCGGCCCGGGACAGGAACCCCCCGCGCCCCCCGGCCGAGCCCCCCGCCGGAGACAAGCUGAAAAAGGCCGACGCUGCCGCUGGUAAAGAUUCCGGAGCUGCCAAACCCAAGCUGACCCCGCAGGAGAAGCUCCGGCUCCGGAUGCAGAAAGCUCUCAACAGGCAGUUCAGGGCCGACAAGAAGGCGGCGCAGGAGAAGCUGCUGCAGCAGGAGCACGAGAGACAGGAGCGGGAGGACGAGCUCCGCGCCAUGGCCCGGAAAAUCCGCAUGAAGUAA